ACAUCGUCUCUAUGAGCGUGCGCGCCCCCGCGUGUCACCUUGCCCCACUGCUGUAGAGGUAAAGCUGCAACAGCGCGAGGCCAGGGCCGGUGGGACUGUCCGGUUUGAAUCACAGAAGCACGGGGACACGUCGGGAGACCGACAGUCGUUAACAUGGCGGACACGAAGCCCAAAACAUCUCCGAAGGCCAUUAAGUUCCUGUUCGGUGGUCUGGCCGGGAUGGGGGCCACAGUGUUCGUACAGCCUCUGGACCUGGUGAAGAACAGGAUGCAGCUGGCAGGUCAGGGGUCAAAGGCCAAGGAGUACAAGACCAGCUUCCACGCCCUGGGGUCCAUCCUGAGGAACGAGGGUCUGGGGGGCAUCUACACUGGUCUGUCUGCAGGUCUGCUGCGCCAGGCCACCUACACCACCACCAGGCUGGGCAUCUACACUGUGCUGUUUGAGAAGAUGACCUCCGCGGACGGGACGCCCCCCAGCUUCCUGCUCAAGGCUCUCAUCGGCAUGACGGCCGGGGCCACCGGGGCCUUUGUGGGCACGCCUGCAGAGGUGGCUCUCAUACGCAUGACAGCUGACGGAAGACUGCCUGCAGACCAGAGGAGAGGUUACUCCAACGUGUUCAACGCUUUGGCCCGCAUCACCAGGGAGGAGGGAAUCACCACACUCUGGAGGGGGUGUGUACCCACCAUGGCGAGGGCUGUUGUGGUGAACGCUGCUCAGCUGGCUUCAUACUCUCAGACUAAACAGGGUCUGCUAGACUCAGGGUAUUUUGGGGAUGACAUUCUGUGUCAUUUCUGCGCCAGUAUGAUUAGUGGCCUCGUUACCACGGCAGCAUCGAUGCCUGUGGACAUCGUCAAGACCAGGAUCCAGAGCAUGAGGAUGAUUGAUGGAAAGCCGGAGUACAAGAAUGGUGUAGAGGUGCUGGUGAAGGUGGUGCGAAACGAGGGCUUCUUCUCUCUGUGGAAGGGCUUCACUCCGUACUACGCCCGCCUCGGCCCUCACACAGUCCUCACCUUCAUAUUCCUGGAGCAGAUGAACAAGCUCUACAAGAAAUACUUCCUGGACUAGACACACCUAUACACACACACACUUAUACUCACACACACACACACUUAUACUCACACACACCAGGUUAGGGAGUGACCUUUCACCUGUCAUUCUGCCCUACAACAGUCCCAACUGCCUAGCACACACACACACACACACAUACACACACACGCACACACAUGGUUGGGGCUCCCAAGAUGAAGCACAACUCCCAAGAAGACCUCGGGUAGGGGGGGGGGGGGGGGAGCUGGUUGUACAACUGACCCUGAUAAGACAUUCACACACAUAGACCUCUUCAACACGCACACCAUACACACACUCACACGUGAUAUACACACACACAGUCAUACAGACACACAAGUUCUCAGACAGAUAGAUGUGUUGGUGUUCUAAGCAACAGGAAAAAGCUGGUAGUGUUCCUGGUGCAUCAUGGGAAGGCAGGGAGCUGCUCCGGUAACCAUGGAGAUGGCCCCUGUCAGAGUUGUUGAUUAAA